UAAAGGGGGUCGUUGUAAAUAUUAGUAGAACUCCAACAUUCACCACAUCUGUUUGCUUGAGAUGAUUGAUAUGAUGGAUUUGGUGAGCUUUGUUAUUAAAAUAAAGUAACAAAAUCGGAACUUAAUCGUUGUUUUUUAAUCAUUCUGUAUCAAAAAUUCAAAGCCAUGUCUGUUGGUCCAUUUGCUGUCGAAUUUAUUGUUGUAUUUCUUGCUACUCUUAUUGUUUUACACCAAUAUGGAAAUCUUCGAAAACAACACAUUUUGGUAACUCUUGCUGUUUUUAUAUCAUGGUUUUUUUCUUUUCUCAUUGUGUUCAUACUACCAUUGGAUGUAUCAAAUACAUGUUACUCUGAGUGCCUUCACAAAGCAGCAAAAGAAACACACACUAAGACUAACUUAACAAAUGACCAACCAAAUACAUCAGUUGCAACAAAUUGUGUUAAACCUUGGAGUUUGAUGCCAGAAUAUGUUCUUCCAGACAUGUGGCGAGUUGUUUAUUGGUCUUCACAACUACUAUCCUGGAUAUUACUUCCUAUGAUGCAGUCUUAUGUUUACGCUGGGGACUUUACCAUAUGGGGAAAAAUUAAAACAGCUUUGUUUGAAAAUGCACUUUGGUAUGGUAGUUACCUUGUUAUAUUUGGUGGUCUACUGGUAUAUGUGGCUUUGAAACCACAACUUGAUAUUAAUGGAGAAAACAUUAAGCUAAUAGGGAUAACAGCUUCAAAUACUUGGGGAUUGUUGUUGCUAGUCUUAUUACUGGGUUAUGGAUUGGUUGAACUACCUCGUAAUGCAUGGAAUAUGUCGUUACCUAAUUUACAGCUGGAAGAGGCAUAUUUCAAAAUUUCUAAGCUUUGUACAGAAAAGGAAGAUGCAGAAGAAGAAUUGGCAGAUGUUUUGGCUGAAGUAAAAAGAUCAUCAGAGGAAAUUAAAUACAACAGUGAUCUUCGAUCUUAUAUUGACACCAUCAUAAAAAAAUGCCCACCUGGAAGUGAAGAUUUAUUUAGCAAGGGUACAGAAGAUUAUGUUGAUUACAAAUCUAGCAAUGUUGUUUUAACAGCAAAAAAUCUCAUUAAACUUCACAAAAAAGUCAUUGUUGUAUCACAUAGAGCUCAUCGUACACAGGUUCAGUGGAAUGCAGCCUUAAAACUAGCAUUUCAUUUGGAGGACAUUGAACAAAAUAGAUACAAUGGUGAAAGAAUAUUUAAAGCAUCAUUUUCAAACCAUUUAACAACCAGUAGAACAAAGUUACACUUAACUUGGUUAUGGGAAAUACUGAUAAAACCAUGGUUGUUUAAACUUUUGUCAAUAAUUUUACUGAUUCUAAGCAUAUCAUUAGUGUGGUCCGAAAUGACUUUCUUUAGUAAAUCACCAAACCUAUCCAUUUUUGCCUUGCUUAUUGAUGUCACCAAAAAAGACUACUUAUACUUCUAUAUUGAAAGUGUUUCUUGUGUGACUAUAGCUUAUAUGUGUGCUUGCACAUAUUACACCGUGUUUAAAAUCAAGUUUUUCAAUUUUUACUAUUUUGAAGCACAUCAUCAAACAGAUUCCAACAGCUUGCUUUUCAGUGGCUUGCUGCUUUGCCGAUUAACUUAUGCUCUUUGUUUAAACUUCUUGGCUAUGAUACAUAUGGAUGGGCAUAUAACUGGAACAAGUACUGAGGAGGUGGAAACACAAUUUACAAAGUUUAUGGGUCAUAUGGAUUUAUUGUCUUUUAUCGCCAAAGGAUUUAAUGUUUAUUAUCCCAUGAUUGUGUUACUUGUGUGUUUUUGCACUUAUUUUAGCAUAGGAAAGAGAGCAUUGCAUUGUAUUGGUAUUGAGCAGUUUAUAACGGAUGAUGAUUUUUCUGCUGAUUAUGUCAGGGAGGGAAAGGAAAUAACGAGGCGUGAGAAAAGAAAAUUAGAACGAGAAAUCAAUGGGACAACAUGGAGUGAGAGGUCGAAAGGAAUUCAAGACAAGUAUUCUAAUAUUGGAAAAAGAAAAAAGAAAAGCCAUGAAAGAAUUGAUGACCAAUCAGACGAUGAUGAUGAUGAAAUGAUCAAUCCAAGCCGUGUGAACAUAAAUAGUAAACUAAAUAAGGAACCUCAGAUGAAAUAUACAAAGUUUGACAGUGGUAACGAUCGAAUACAGUUGUUGUCUGAUAUUGAAUAUGCUCCUCCUGAAUCACAACAAAGGAGUUUACGAGGUUAUGAAAAUAUCAGUGGAAACUCACGAUCCAAAGUGCCAAGAAAUAUUUUUGAUGAUGCUUAGAAAUAGAUUCAUUUCUAAAGUUAUAAAAUUUGUAAUGUUUGUCUUUCAUCAGUUACUUAUGUGUCUAGAAAUUUGUUAAAACACUUGUAUUUUAUUGUAUUUUUCAACUUUCGGUGUAUGACGAAAACAAAAAGUCUAAUUUUGUAUUCUAUUAACUCGUAUGUAAAAUUUACAAUGAUGAAAUAUUAUUAAUUACACUAUCAAAGUUUGUCAACUAGUUUGUUGAAGGACAUUUUCGGUUUUGUUUCGAACAAAAAAUCAUUGACUUUGAUUUUAUAAUUGUCGGGAAUUAUUUUUGUAUUUAUUUGAAUUUAUUUAUUCAACAGUUAUAUAAUGUUUUAAAUUAUUUUUUUCCUACGGCAACUGGAGUUUGCCUUUACAAAGUAGAAUGUUUACCUCGAGGGAUCUUACCCUACGUGAAUUGUUAUUUUAACUGUCUUUAAUUUAUGUCAUCAAUUUGUUUUUUUGCGAAAUUCGCGAAAUGCAAGAACUUGUCAACUUUGCGAAAAAAUUUUUUCGCAACAAUAUUUUUUUGCGAAAAUUGAUUCCCUUGGUAUUAAUGAAAGAUUUUCUGAUAAAAGGCGUACCCAUCCUAACUAGGUUUGGAGUGUUUUUUUGUUUAUGUAUGUUUAUAAUUAAUAUGAUUAGCUGUUACCCGA